UCUACCGCAUUGGAACAGCUUUCUCGCCCAUUUGUCAAGGGCAAGAAAGGGGGGUCAUAAAGCUACACUCCGCCUCCACACCCCCAGCACUGACUAACCUUCGGCGGGCACGGCAAGCAAGGACAAACAUCCUCUCCCCCCUUCGAAACCGACAAUGAAGCUGUACGUCGUCGUCGCGGCCCUUUCGGUCCUUUUGGUCGCUCUCGCCACCGUCACCAGUGGCGCUCCGGUUCCUUCUCCCAACCCUAUCCGUGACAACGCCGAGGCUGAUACGACGCCACUGACAAAGCGCGAGGUUCAAGAAGCCAGUCGCGCCGAAUUCCUACCCUUGGGAAAUCACUACAUCAAGAAGCGCGACGCAGACGAUGCUGCAAAGGCAGAUAGCAUCCCAUCCGGCAACCAGUACAUCAAGAAGCGUGACGUCGACAAUGCUGCAAAGGAAGACAGUGUGCCCAUGGGAAACACUUAUAUCAAGCGAGACGUCGACAAUACUGCCAAAGAAGACAGUGUCCCCAUGGGCAACACCUAUAUCAAGAAGGACGUCGACGAUGCGGCAAAGCAAUAUAGCGUCCCCAUGGGCAACACUUAUAUCAAGAAGGACGUUGAUGAUGCGGCAAAGCAAUAUAGUGUUCCAAUGGGCAACACCUACAUCAAGCGAUAAGAAGCCGACUGGAAGCUCAUCAAUAAUAAGUGGUUAAGCAGGAUUGUCUGCCGUCCCUCUCGAUGUUUUGGGGGUCUUUUCGAGGUCAUUGUCUCUUCCCUCUUUUCUCUCUCUCUCUACGACCACACACGACCACGUCCAUAAUGUGAAAUACAAAUCGAGGCUGAUCCCUCACAUGAUCUCAUUUGGAAG